AUGGCAAAUAGACAAAAAUUUAUACACGACACAGCAGUGGAAUUUUUCAACGCCUCGGCGGCGGAGAAUGUGGAGGUCAUCCGAGACUUUCUCGACAACGACGAUGUCACCAUCCUGGCGGCUGUGUUCCUUGACGGUGAGGUCCUGUUUCAGAAUGCCGUGCCCGUCGAUGAGCACUACUCUUUGCUGUUCUACAAAAUUCCGAACCUGGACUAUCACAGUCAAAGCACCCAGCCGAAAAUCGGCAUGCUGACCCUAGAGGGUGGCCUGGCGAAAUCCAUCUACAACUCGCUGCAGCGCGUUUUUUCGCCGUACAUUUUGAAGAAAUCCGAAUACUCGAACGAGGUGAAAGCGAUCCUGCAGAAUCUACACUCGAACUUGGGCCUAUCGCUGGGGUUGACCGAAUCGGGAAUCCUAUCGAUCCAGGAUGAGAUCAAUUUUUGGCAGCAGAAGUCGAGAACUUUACCGACCAAGGCCGAUCGCGAAGCGACCAAAUCAUUUGCUGCGAUCCUUAAGAAAAUCAACGAUCAUAUGACGGAUGGUACCAAAAAUGGCCUGAAUCAAUUGGAUGAGUUCAUUGACGUAUGUCAAUCGCACCUGGACGAAAUAUGGAGACUGCCAAAUCACUAUCCACAGAAUCGAAUGUGCAGCAUCUUUGACUUGAUAUCAUCGCACGUGGUCAGUACAUGCACUGAACACCUUAGCGAGCUGGAAAUUUGGGAUGCAGGUUCAAUCUAUCUGGAUGAAGCUAUCAAUCAUGUGAAGGAAACGCUAGAGUCGUGGUGUCAAACUUUCGACAGCUUAACCAGACUCUUCUGGCCAAAUUACGAGCUUCAUGCGUGGAUCGGGGAACCGUACAGUUCGAAGCAGCUGAACAAAUUCCGUACGCGAUUCAAUGAGAUCUUAGAGAUUAAGAAUUCCAAGGACAUGCUGUAUUCCUUAUUCUUUAACAACGAUGAAUACUUUCUUCAUGUUAGUGACAUUGCUGAACCAUUUAAAGAAAUCAACAGCUACGAUUUGACCCCAUUGGGCAACAAACGCUGGGAAGUGGCCAAGUCCCGUAUGGAAUCAUCUCUAGCCAAGGUGGACGAAAACGUAGUUACCAUCCUGAGGCAGAAAAUCUACGAGAGUGCUGGCAAUCCACGACAGGCGAUUCACGUUUUCGAACGCUACAAGGAUAUAUUUAAUCGCCAGUACGUGAUGAAGGCCUUAACCGUCGAACGCGAACAGCUGUUCCAAAGCGUUCCGAUGAUAAUACGAGAACUGCGAGAAAUGCUAACGGCAGCAAACUACACCGAAGAUGAAGUGACGCCAGUUGUUUCCGAAACGCGAUGGUACCGAGUAGUUGAAAAGCAAAUCGGACAACUGGAAUCGGUGGCAGUUAAGGUUCUCACUGAUCGGGAGGGGUUUGAAGUAUCGCUGAAAAAGAUUAUCAACUUUCGAGAAGAAAUUCAGGCGAUGAUCCGGACGAAUUUUGAGACCUGGACUGAGAACUCAAUGAGUGCGAUUAGCGAAGGGGAACUGAGUCUUCGCGAGAAUCAACCGGUAGUGAUCUUCGACAAAACCGAGCGGCAACUGAUGAAGGUUACAUUUGGACCGAAGAUCGUGACAUUCUGCGACGAAGCUCGUCAUUUACAAAACUUAGGGCUGAAACUCAAUCCAGAGAUCCAGAAGAGUAUCUCCCACUCGAUGAAGUUCAUUUCUUACGCUCGUCGACUGCAGCAGAUUGCGACGUUCCACAACACGAUCGGUGAUCGUAUGAUAGCCUGUCAGCGACCGAUCAUGCUGAAGAACGCUAUGGAGUUCGCAAAUCUGGUUAAAAGUGAAUCCGUAUCCUGGAACGAUGAAGACUCGGUCGAGCGAUACAUCAGUAGCCUGCAAGACGCGGUCAAACGACUGUCGAAGGAUAACAAUCAGCUCACGGGUUACCACGAACAGGCCAAGAAGUCCGUUCUCAAGCUCAUGGGAACGGACUUGAUUCGGCAAAGCAACGUGUGGAAGGAUGAAAUGCGAAACUUACGUGAGAUCAUAUUCAAUCUUGAGCGACAGGGCUAUACAAAUCUGAAUCCGUUCAAACUACAUUGGGAUCAUCAACUAUAUAAGGUUUUGGAGUAUCAGUACGUGGCUGGUUUGCUGGACGUGCACCAGAAACUGCCAGACAUUCACGUUGAUAUGGUGUUCCGACAGCAGCAGAUACAGUUUCGUCCAGCAUUGGAGGAGAUCAAGUCGAAGUACUACUCCCAAUUGCGACGGUUCAUCGAGAAACCACUCAGUUUCAAAGGCCUAUCGGAACAAAGCUCCAACAUAUUCAAAGUGAUGAUCAACAGAAACACCCAACACUUUUCCGUGCUGUACGAGAAGGCAGAUAUUGUGUUUCGAGAGUUGAUCCAAUUCCGGGACAGUUGGCUGCCGUGGGUCUCGCUCGGUAUGACCGAUUUGGAACAGUUGUGUACAGUUCACUGCACGAGCUGGCAACAGUGGGACAGCAAUUUCCGUGCCUGCAAGAAAUUCAGUCAACAGAUAGCUCGAAUUCAGACAUCGGAGAAGGAAAUCGAUUGUUUGAUCGUGAACUAUGCACCGCUCUGCUCGGAUAUUGACGCCAUCAGCCGACGAUACUGGGAAGCGUUGUCGAAUAGUUUGAGAACCUCCAUUCUGGACAACAUAACCGUACUUCAGGAAUAUCUAGCGUACUCGUUUCAAGUGCUUCAAAACAUCCCGCAAGAUGAACUUGGGAUAUCGGAAUCGAGUGCGAAGUACGAGAAAAUCGUCAGCGAACUACCGAAGAUGACAGAUAUGAUAAAGUCACUACAAGGCAAGGACGGCUGUCUGGCGGGUUGGUGUAAGGAGCGGGUAUCUGCUUUGAACGGUAUUUUGACGCAGUGGAACCAAUUACAACCGCUGAUCGAGAACCACCAAACGCUGCUGCAAGGUCGCUUGGAUAUCAUAAAGGAGAACAUUUUGCGACAAAUCAACGAGCAGAACGACGAAGCAGAGAAAUUUUCGAUUCGAUGGGAGUCUACGAUAAGGGAUUUGGAGACAAACGAUAACGCAGAUAUGGGACUAUUCCGUGAACGGCAAGCGCAAUGGAAGGGAAUAAUUGCUAAACGGGAGAUACUGCAGAAGCAAACAGAGAAGUUCAACAUCAAAGUUCCAGAGAACUUCAAUGACAUAUUUACCAAACUUGAGUUCGACAUUACCGAACAGGGUAAAAAUUGGGAAAUUUUCAACAACUUCCUUAAUGACUAUGAAACUAUCGCCAACGAAGAAUGGACGAUCUACCGUCGGAGGCCACACAUACUCACCGAAUUCUUAUCCAAGUGGGAAAAGCCAUUGGACCAACCUCCGAAUGUGGCCAGUACUCGUAUCACAUCAACCGUAGAACGAUACCGAUCCAUCCAGCCCCAACUCAACUCUCUGCAAUCAGACGCCCUGGUCGAAAAACAUUGGGCCAAGAUCUGCCAAUUGUUAAAAAUAGACUCAAAAACGCAACAUGACCUUAGCCUCGGAGAUGUGCUCACCGUCUCGGAUAACGUCAUGCAACAGGCCACAGAAAUUCAAUCUAUAGUACGGCAGGCGGCCUCCGAACACGUUAUCCGACAAGCCAUUGUUGAACUCGAGCAGUGGAGUGCUACGGCUCUACUGAAACUCAUUCAGCACACUGACUCCAAGGGAACGAUCGUCUCGCUAAUCAAAGACUACACAGAAACGUUGAACAAAAUUGGCGAUAACCAGUUUCUACUGCAAUCGGCCAAAAAUUCGGCCUCUUUCGAGUCGUUCUCCGACCAGGCCGAUAUUUGGGAAGAGAAGCUGAACAAUUUGGACUACAUCAUUACACACCUGAACCAGAUCCAGAAAAAGUGGAUUUACCUGGAACCAAUCUUUGGAGUAGGAACGCUCAAAAGAGAAGAAGCUGUCUUCAAAAGCAUCGACAAGAACUUUCGCUACAUCAUGAAGGAAGUAUCAGACGAUCCCAGGGUUGCUUCAGUCAACAAGAUCAACAAUAUAUUGUCUAUCAUUGAAACCCUUCAGAGCCAAAUAUCGCGCUGUCAGAAUGCGUUGAGUUCGUACAUCACUUCCAAGCGAAAUGCCUUUUCCCGGUUUUACUUCUUAUCGGACGAAGACCUGUUGGAAAUUCUGGGCCAGUCAUCGAAGGAAGCCAUCAUUCAGAAACACAUUCGCAAACUGUUCCCUGGAGUCUAUAAAUUGGUCAUCGACGAGCAAAGUUCGCGCAUUGUCGCAAUCUGCAGUGAAGAAGGUGAUGAGUUGCUGCUAACAAGCCCCAUAGCGAUCACUCCAAUAGUUGAAGAAUGGUUGAACACCUUAGUCGUGGAAAUACGAUCGACUCUGAAGCAUCUGAUCAAGAAAUGCCUACAGGUGGAUGCAUUCGAUGAAGGCACCAUCCGUGAAUUCCCAAUGCAAGUCAUUUGCUUGGUCAAUUCUAUGCAUUUCACUCGCCGAACGGAAAAGGCCAUCUCUGGGAUGCAACUCAAUGAUCUGAAGCGACUUGUCCAAAAUGAUAUCAACAGAUUUUCAUCGCUUCUUCAUCAGAGUCAGGAUUCGUUAACACAGAUAAAGCUGCGAGCGCUUCUGAUUGACCUCGUUUACCAAUCCACCACCGUAGAUUAUUUGAGCAAUCACAAUGUGACAAAUCUACAGGACUGGUACUGGCUGCAGCAGCUCAAAUUCUACCAAGAUCGCAACGGGAAUGUCGUUAUUAAAAUGGUGUACGCAGAGUUCGAAUAUUCUUACGAAUUCCUCGGGAACUACAACAAACUCGUCUACACAUCUCUUGCCCACAACUGCUAUCUCACACUAACCCAAGCGAUGAAACUAGGAUUAGGUGGAAACCCAUUUGGACCGGCAGGUACUGGAAAAACCGAAUGUGUCAAAUCACUCGGUGCUUUGUUCGGGAGACUUGUACUGGUGUUCAACUGUGACGAGAACAUAGACACGGCUGCCAUGGCGCUGAUUCUGUCUGGUCUUGCGCGAUGUGGAGCUUGGGGAUGUUUCGACGAAUUCAACCGAUUACAAGAAGCCACCUUAUCAGCCAUAUCUAUGCUGAUUCAACCGCUUCAAGUUGCCCUCAAAGACAAACAACAGGAAGUGCUGUUGAACAACGAAACUGUUCCCUUGAACAAUCACUGUUCCGUAUUCGUAACGCUGAACCCCGCGGGAGAAGAGUACGGUGGCAGACAGCAACUCCCACUAAAUUUGCAGGCCCUAUUCCGGCCAAUUGCCAUGCAGGCACCAAGACCACAACAAAUCGCUCGAGUGACGCUUUUCGUAGAAGGGUUCAAGAACGCGGAUCGCAUUGGCGGACAGAUUGUGGAGCUGUUCGAACUUUCAAAAAAGAUGCUUUCCAACCAACGUCACUAUGAUUGGGGCUUACGGGAACUGAAAGCGAUCCUAUCAGCUUGUGGAUCAGCGCUCAAAACUGCCGGCGAAGAUCAAAGCUAUGAACAGGAGGCCAGCUUAGCAGUCAACGUGAUCCGCUCCAACACCAUGUCUCGACUAACCCUGUCCGAUUGUAAGCGGUUCGACAUCCUACUGUCCAGCGUGUUUCCGAACAUUCCGCUCGCCGACAGUCACAAUGAAGACCUGCGAUCAAAGAUCAUGGAAGCUUUCACGAUCCUUGGAUACCAAACAAAUCAUCGGCAAGUGGAGAAAUGUCUUGAACUAGCGGCCCAGCUGCAGAAACGAAUGGGGGUAGUAGUCAUCGGAUCGCCUCGUUCCGGAAAAUCUACAAUCAUUUCGAUUUUAAAAGAAGCACUGCUUGCACAAGGCACCACGAUCAGGGCACACAUCAUUUCACCCAAAUCGAUGAGUCGAGUGCAACUGUUAGGAAAGCUUGAUCCCGAUACUCGUCAGUGGACCGAUGGAGUGUUGACUUCAACGGCUGUAGCAGUCAACGCUGAACCGAGAUCUGUCACAUCCUGGAUCAUCUGCGAUGGAGAUGUCGAUCCGGAAUGGAUCGAAGCGCUCAACUCAGUGCUUGACGAUAACCGGCUGCUCACUUUGCCAUCCGGAUGGAGAAUACAGUUCGGAAGCAAUGUUAACUUCCUGUUCGAAACCCACGACUUAUCGGCGGCAUCGCCUGCGACGAUUUCUAGAAUGGGAAUCGUAAACUUGAACGCUGAAGAUCUCCCUUAUCAGUUGAUCGUGAACGCUUGGUUGGCGAAGCAUUCCGAAGGAGAAGUAUUGAAAUCAUAUUUGGAACAGUACUUCUAUCGAGCGAUCGAUUGGAUCGAGGAGCAGAAGAAACGACCUGCGGGAUUCUCAAUGGUCAGUUUAGCGGAGGCUGGACUGGUGGCGAUCGACAGCGUGAAGACAACCGACCAAUUCUGCGUUAAUCUGCUGAGUGGGCUUUGCGGAGUGCUGAACCUGGAUGACAAAAACAAGCUUUCGAAUCAAGUGUUCCAAUGGGCAGAUGUCACGGUCACUGAUAGUUCCGUGGCUGAGUAUCAUUAUUACAACUCGUUCCGCGAUAUGGUCGAAUUGUAUAACACCGACGAGAUCACCGGAUCGUAUAUCAAUGAAAACGUUUAUACAAACGUACUUGUGAAGACUCCUUUGAUGAAGCUCAGCGGUGAACUUUUGAAGCGCGUACUCGAGUCCAAAGAACGACAAGUGGCACUUCUUGUAGGACCUAGUGGCAAUGGAAAAAGUCUGUUGUUGCAAACCAUUGUUGCCGAAUUCAACGGAUAUCAACUAGUAACUGUCAACUGUAGCGCCCAACUAUCGACAGCCAGCAUUUUGCACACGCUGAAGCAAAAUUCUCUGGUUAUCACCACAGUCAAGGGCAAGGAGUACCGACCCAAGUUCUCCCGCAUAAUCCUGUACUUCAAAAACAUCGACCUUUGCACAGUUGAUUCUUGGGGCACAUGUGAAGUAGUUGAACUUCUUCUGCAGCUCAUCAACCGUAACGGUUUUUACUCGGAUUCCCUCGAGUGGAUCAGCGUUUCCGGUAUUCAAAUAUGUGCAUCCAUCUCCAACAUAAGCAAAGCCCAAAUUUCUCCAAGAUUUCUUUCUAUCUGUCACCUGAUUCGAAUCGGUUAUCCGAACAACUCGGACAUGGAGAGCAUCAUCAAGAGUAUGAUUCUACCGAUCUACAAUCAGUUGGGUAAAGGAACGAUCAAACUGAAGCUCAACGAUUUGGCACGGGCAAUUAUGAACGUGUACUUCGAGAUCCAGGCUCGUUUCAACCGAGGCGAAACCGUGCACUACCGAUUCACUCCGAAGAUGAUCGAGCGCUGGAUCAGUGGCAUUCUGUACUAUCCCGAGGAAUACUUCAGCCAAGCGGUCAGAUACGAAUGCGAUCGCAUAUUCCGCGACCGUCUGGUUACGAACGAAGACCGGAAGGAGUUUGACGAGAUUGUGCGGGACAAUUUCCGGAUGCUGUUGGAUUCAGAUCUGAAAUGCGUUUUCGUUCCCAAGGAAGGUCCUAAAAAUGCGGAAUUACUUUUGGUCGAAAGGCAGGAAUUCGUCGAGUCAGUCAACCAGGCCAUCUCAAUGUGUAACACGGAAGUAAUCUGCAUAGACAUUCCUAUGUCCGAUGCAUUUCUUGACACAGUUAUGGCAAUGGUGCGGGUCCUAUCCAGACCCCAAGCAAAUCUGGUGCUUUGCGGAAGAAGUGGUUCCUGCCGUCUGGAAGCUCUUUACGUUGCGGCCUGUAUGUUGAACAUCAAAAUUGCGUUCCCUCAACCGGCCAAAACUUACACGAUCAAUGAUUUCAACAACGAUUUGAAAAUUGUCAUGCAGAACUGCGCAAUCGAAAACGAACCGGUUGCAUUCUACAUUGACCACGUGGUAAUCGAAUAUCUGGACGAUGUUAUGAAAACCUGCGAAGCCAUACUCGAGGGUGCGGAUAUGUCCGACUUUUUCGGGGAAGAUUUGGAGAACUUGGCGAACCCGUUGAAAGCUCAAGCUGCUUUGGAAUCAUUCCAGCUAUCUCUUUCGGCUUACUUUCUGCAACGGUUGAGGAAUAACUUCCAUUUGGUUAUCCUACUGGAGUAUUCGUCUCCCAAGCUUCGGGAACUUCUGGAAAACUACUCCGCAUUGUACCAGAAGUCAGAAAUGAUUUGGAUCCUGGACGAAAUGAUAACCCCCGUGGACAGUCUUGUGCGAUAUCUCGGAGAAAUCAGUAGAACUGGUUCCGAUUCACAGCAAAUACCUGUACCCGUAUUCUUCAACGAUCUGCUGGACAGCGGUAUAAGUCAAUGGUCACGAUCGCCAAAGCGCAGAAUUCAACUUGUUCGAUCAUAUCGACACGUUUAUGAGAACGAAAAGGGCGACAAGGAGCGCUACAAAUCCAAGAUCCAAAUCGGAGUCGACAAACUGUCGGAAACUCACAAAGUGGUUGAAAAGCUCAAGCUGGAAGCGCAGGAGAAGCAGAAUGCCUUAGCGGAGAAACGCAAACUGGCGAACACAUCGCUGGAGAUGAUUUCAUCAACGAUGCGAGGGGCUAAUGAUCAGAAAACUGAAUUGCUAGAACUACAGCGCAAGACGCGAGAGAGCAGCGUCAAACUGAUGGAGCGGAAAAAAGUAAUAGAAGAAGAGCUCAGUCAAGUCGAACCAAUAUUACGGGAAGCAAGUGCCGCAGUUGGGCAAAUAAAGACGGAAGCCCUGUCGGAAAUUCGAUCGCUGAGAGCUCCUCCGGAAACUGUGCGAGACAUUCUGGAAGGGGUUUUGCGUUUAAUGGGCAUACGGGAUACCUCGUGGAACAGCAUGAAGACGUUCCUAGCUAAGCGGGGUGUUAAGGAGGACAUCCGAUCGUUGGAUCCGGUUAGAAUUAACCCAGAGCACUGUCAAGCAGUCGAGAAAUUGUUGCAAGCGAAGUCAGAGUCGUAUGAUCAGAAAAAUGCCAAGCGAGCGUCGGCAGCGGCAGCACCCCUUGCAGCGUGGGUUAUUGCCAACGUCAAAUAUUCCAAGGUCAUUCAGAGCAUCAAACCACUAGAGCGGGAGCAGAACGAACUGAAAGAAAACUUAGAAAAGGCCGAGCGGGAAAUGAAGUCGCUGUCAAGUGGACUGGAUAACGUAAACGACAAAGUGAAGGAGCUGUCCGAACAGUUGAAUGUCUACACUCAGGAAGCAGCGAUGCUGGAAAUAAGGCUGGAGGAUGCAAAGACUACCCUUCAUUUGGCGGAAAUUUUGGUGCAAAGCUUAAGUUCGGAAUAUGUUAGCUGGAGUAAGGAACUAGAAGAGCUGAACGGAACCAUAGCUCACAUGGAAAAGCGUACCGUCUUGACAGCAUUUUGUAUCACGCAUCUUUCUGAUCUGUUAUUGCAAGACAGAAAAACUGCUUUGAAUAAAUUAUCUGCGUUGACCAAGGAACAACCUUUUGAUCUGGACGAUCUCGUAACCAAUCAAGACAAAAUUAUUUGGGAAAGUAUGGGUCUUACUGCUGACCAACAAUACCGAGAAAAUGCCGUCGUGCUUAAUCAAUUCCUCCUACUACCUUUCGGUGCGACCCCUAUUCCGUUGUUGAUAGAUCCCACUGAACUUGGUCGAACGUGGUUGACGAACUACCUAACUCAUUUGAGUCGAACCUUCGAACUGACAAGUCAAUCCACAGAUCGUUUUAGUUACAUACUCGAAUUGGCUAUUCGGUUCGGAAAGAUUCUCAUUAUCCGAAACGUGAAUGCCAUCGAGACACCUCUCCUCUCGCUUCUAUUCACCCGCAUCCACAGCCGCUUCAACAAGCGAAUGAUUCAGAUUGGCAAUAAACUGAUCGACCUUCACGACGACUUCAAACUGAUCUUGGUAACUCAAAACGAGAAGCUUAGUCUGGGUCCGGAACUGCAGGCUUACUUCAUGAACCUCAUGUUCACUACAACAAUUGACGGUUUGACGGACGUGCUCACGUCCAAAUGGGUUCAGACCAAAGAUCCGGAAAUUGAGAAGAAGCGAGUUGAAGUCCUUCAAGAAGAAGGUCGACUGACGAAGGAAAAACGCAACCUCCAGGAUAGUCUUUUGCAAGAGCUGUCGGCAUCACAGGGGGAUGUUCUUAAGAAUGAACCUCUUCUGAAUACUUUAAACAGUAUCAAGGCAAGUGCCAGAUCGAUUGAACAGUCAUUAGUAGAGUUCUCGGGCAUACGAGAUCAACUAAUGGAGCACUAUAACCGAAGGCGAGAGUUUUGUGAUAUGGCCUCUCGUUUCUAUAUGGGAAUCAGACGUUUUUACGGCAUAAACGUGUCCAAGUUCACAACAAUAUUUCUGAGCGUUAUUGAGAACGAAAACCAUUCAACCGUUGAUGAACUCUACAAGAUCUUAGUGAGGAGAGUGUUCUCUCUGCUGAGUAGAAGCAUCCCCAAAGACGAGCAAAUGAUUCUUGGACUAAAUAUUUGCAAACAAGCGUUCCAUCAGCUAUUACCGGAAAAGGAAUGGGAAUCGUUUGUGUUUAAUUUUACGAACGCCGAACAGAUCACGGAUAAUCAGAUUCCUUCAUGGAUUAAACAAGAGUUCGUUCCGAAGGUUUUGGCUAUGAAGCAACAACACCCUGAAUUCUAUUCAAAACUCAAUCUUGACAAUGUCAGCACCUGGCAGAAAUACAUAGAAAAUGAUGAUAUCAACGUUCCGGUUUCCGUUACCGAUUUUCAAGCCAUAAUUGUAGCCCAAGUUUUGAGACCUGACUUAUUGAUUCGGACCAUAACUCGGUCGGUUCAGAAUAUCCUUGGCUUGAAAACGUUGUACACGACUCGACCCUCAAUCAAAUUGCUGGCAGAGGAAAGUGCAGUUGAAGAACCACUUUUGCUGAUCACUUCAUCCGGAAUAGACCCCUCGGAAGAGGUCCGGGAGUAUGCCAAACAAACGAUUGGCUUGUCCAAAUAUGCCGAAUUUACAAUAAGCAAAGGUCACGAAACGGAUGCCAUGAAGCUGAUCAAAGAAACUGCCACCGGUGGUGGUUGGGUGUGCUUGAAGAACGUUCAUACCGUUCCGCACUGGCUUCGCCACCUGGAUGAAGCACUGAAAUCGUUGAGCCCGGUGGAAGACUUCAGACUGUGGUUGACAUCGGAAACGGACAAGAAUUUGUACGAAGUGUUCAUCAAGAAGUGCAACAAAGUGCUGUACGAGCCUCCGAAAGGGCUUAAACACAAGAUGAAAUUACUGCUGGAUCAGCAUGCCGGAACGGUGACCAAGAAGAGGGAUUACAAAUCGAUCAAGAUGUACGUUGGAUUGUUCAUGUUGCACUCGAUCAUCCAGGAGCGACGAUCAUAUGUUCCUCAAGGUUGGAGCAAAUGGUACGAUUUCUCGGAUUCCGACCUCCGGACCGCGAUGCAGCUGAUCAAGUAUACCGAAGGGUCGAGCACGCUGAAGAUUCCCUGGCCGCUGUUGCAGGGCCUGUGCGAAAAAGUCGCCUACGGAGGGCGAAUCGACAACGACCACGAUUUCGAAAAGCUCGAAUACCUACUGCGGGAAAUGUUCGACGAGAAAAUCAUGGCCAGCCGUUGGCAGCCGAUGUUCAUGAACGUUAGCUUCCCGAACUCCAAUCAUCUGGAUGACUACGUAAAAGUCGUUGAUCAACUACCGGAUACAGACACACCUAACAUGUACGGAGUUCCGACAUCGACCAACGCCUCCAGGGAUGUUAUAUUCUGUAGAAACACGUUGAAGGAGCUGAGGCAGAAAUACUUCAGCAGUGGAAGCACUCAGAACUACGAGAAGCGCGUGAAACCAAUAAUCAGUUUGUGGGGAAAGCUAAUGAGUUCCACGAUCGCAACCCGUCUGGAUACCAUCAUCGAGCGUAAUAAAUCCAAACAAGACCCCUGGAUGAUCUUCAUCCUCUCGGAGCUGGCGAUCGUACGCAGUCUUUACGACUCAAUCAACGGAACCCUCCAGACGAUCAAGAACUCAUUGAAGGAACUCGCGACCAUCUCUGCGAAGGACCGAACCAUGCUCACCACCAUCUGUGACAAUCAGGUUCCCCUACAGUGGCGUCGAGUCUGGAGCGGACCGAAGACCGUGAUCGAGUACCUCAAGGCAAUUGGACACAAGACGCGGGAAACGGAACUAUUAUACAACAAGAUUGUCGAAGAGAAUCGUGUUCGGGAGAUCAACUUCAAUAAUCUAUUCAGCAUUGAAGCGUUUCUGACCGCUAUGAAAAUGAUCAAAUCCGUAGAGCUGAGAGUAUCUAUUACGGAACUCAAGCUUGUGGCCUUUUUCGAUGAUCGUACGCGAGAAAGAACGAUUGCAAUAGCUCCUUUAUUAAUUGAUGGCGGCUAUCUGAACAACGGAAAGCUGGCAAUUCAGCAGGGUUCGCAAAAGAAUAGUGGCCCCAGCUACACCAAAAACUUUGAUUUGGAUUACAUCAAGGCAGAAGGCACACAGGACGGCCAAAUCAACAACAGACCGGGCAGCACGAACUCACGGAUGGAUCAAUUCGAAAUUCCUCUGUACAAUAACAUUUCCCGCGACGCCCUAAUCUGUCAGAUAGCGAUCGAAAUCGACCCGACUCUUAGCAGGGCUCAACUAGUGGCAGCAGGCAUAGCCUUAAUCGUUCCGGAAAGCUAUUAG